UUUUUACAGUUGGGGAUAUUAUUUUUUGCAAUUAGGGUUCUUAAAAUCAACAAUCCCACCUUUAUCUGUGCCAAAUCAUGCUGAUUAACCAAAUGUUAUGAUCCCAGUUAGCCAGCUAAGCUAAUGCUAGGUACACCGAUGUUUGCGUUAAGUCAGUGGUGAUUGACGUCACAACAUCAGAAAUUAUUCGAAAAUUUAUUAUUAGUGUAGAAUGAUGUAUUGUAGAUGAUGAGGUCAUGUUUUUUCCACACGUGUCAUGAAAGUGUAAGCACCUUGAUCACAAAGCCCCCAAAGCGACAUUUUCCUUACAUCGCCCCUUUGUAACCAGAGGGCUUUGACGCUAUUAACUCUCCCUUUCCUUCCCAAUUGACAUAACUUCUUUUUUUGUUUUUUUUUUUCCCCAAAAUACUGCAUUACUUUACCCACCCAUUUCGUGACCCCCAAAAAUUUAUUCAACGACAAUGGCUAAUUAGCAAUCAAAAGCAUGGAUAAUUUGGAGAGUCGGAGCCCAAGUGCGGGCGCCAGGGAGUAUACAAGCACGCCAAUAGCAGACUGUCCAAGGAGGACGCACCACCAACGGCACCAGGCAAUGGUGUCGGAAGGAGGUUACUUCAAACAGAGCGGCCUCAAGCGGGCGCUCUUCUACAGCGAGAGCUCAAACCGCGACCUGGUUGCUCAAAACACUGCUCUGAGAGCGCAGAUGGAGAGUGAGCGCCAGAGUCACCACAGGGAGCGCCAGAGGCUCCAGCAGGCUCUGGACGAGGCGAGGAGUGACCGGAGCGCCCCGGCGAUUGAGCAGAAGCUUCGGGAAAGGGAGCACGAGAUGGGCGUCCUUCAAGACAUUUUGGCCGCCGCUCAGCGGGAAACGGUGCAGGUGCGGCAGUACUGGAUGGAGGAGCAUAACCUGCUCAAGAGGGCCCGCGAGGACGACUCUGAGAACAUCGUGGCGGCCGUCAACGCCGAGUGGCAGCAGUGGUGGAGCGUCCGCGAGCAGGAGGCGGCGGCCCAGCUGCAAGCUCAGUGGGAGAGCGCGCAGUGGCACGCCGAGGAGAUGGCGGCUCAAUUCAACGCCAAGCUCCAGAGCGUCCAGAGACACAGCACCGACACCGUCGUUUACUACAAGGCGGAACUGGAGCGCCAGCAGUGGCACAUGAGCCGGAGCGUCAUGGAGAAGGACGACGUGAUCGCCAAGCUGACCAAAGAGAACUGCCUGCUCGAAGCGGACCAAACCGCCUUGUCCGGACAGAUCCUCAAAUUGGAAACGGAAGCCUGCGAGCUGCAACAAUCCGUUUUCCAUCUGAGGGAGGAGCUGAAGGUGGAGCGGGAGGCCAGGACGCUGGUGGACGAGGAACUCCCCGCGGCCAUAGCCGCUCUCACGCGGGAGAUUGAACUGGAGCGCCAACACCACCGGAAGGAAGAGCAGAUGCUCCGAGAAGCUCUGGAUGAGAUUCAGCUGCAGGAGAAACGAAUGGAGGCCAGUGACCUACAGGACGCUCUGGCGGCCUCCCAACGGGAAACGGCCAACGUGCGCAAGUACUGGAUGCAAGAAUGCGAGGAGCUCAAAAAGAGUGCCGAGGAGAACACCAAGACCAUGGUGGAGGCCAUCAACAGCGAGUGGCAGCGGUUUAAAGCCGAGUGGGAGCACAUGCAGAGGCACACCAGCCAGGCCCUGCGGGAGAAGGACGAUCUGCUCGCUACGUUGCUCGCCGACAUCGAGAAGUUGACAUCUCAGCUCGUCAAAGUCAAACCGGAGACCCCGGAGCAUCUGGAUGCCGAGACUGUGCUCGGCAAGCAAGACGACCUGGACGAUCUGGCCUCUCCCCGACAACUUUCUAACAAGUCUGGGGUCAUUCAUGUGCAGUAGUAUUGACGCUGAUGCACUUGGGAGAGUUUUUAAAGAGACGGCUGGUCUAGAACAACACUCUGGAGGCUCUUCAGGCAAACGCUGCGGAAAUACACGUCAAAAAUCUUACCGGUUGGGACCACCUGAUCUCGUGAGACUUCGGUUCAUUCAGCAUCCAGGGUUUCCCCCUCGAAACGGGGGUGUGCACGUCCAAGUCGAUUUUGAUGUUUCUCAUUUGUUUAUUUAUUUAUUUUUGGGUGUAUUUAGUUUCAGUUCUGUAAUGCCGCCAACCGAGAGUCCCGUGAUCUGACCGUCAAAAGAUAUAGCGGAGGCAGAGUGACGUUAUCAAUUGCUCAGGUCCAAAGUGGCGGUUCGACUCUUUUUACACUUCUACCAUUAAACAACGCCAAAAAAAAAAACAACAAAAAACAGGAAUGUUGUUUAUUUCAAAUAAUUUUAAAGUACUUUAUUUUCUUCCAUAUUUAUGUUGAGCAAAAAAUAUAUAUAUCCCUCCUACCACCUUUGAAUAUUCAAAUAAAUUUUCUCUUUCAAUUUAUGGUCAAUAUUUAAUAUUAGAUUAUUGUAAACAGAAUUAUGAAAACUCUCAUUUAAAAUUAC